AUGUCUGCACCAGCUCCAGCCGCACACGACAUUGCGGAUCAAGAGCCCGGCUGGGAUAUCGUCGACUCCGAGGAUAUCGUCGACCCCGAGCUGAACAUCGCCGAUCACGAGGAUCAGGAUGCCGUGGAGCCUUUCCACUUUGUCUGGUGCGAGGGGAAGAGCGGUCCCACCCAGGACCAUACGUCCGUCAUCCGAGACUUCAAGACAGUGACGGACCUGCUCGGGGAGGAGCAGAGGUGUCUCAAGAGCAUGAUGGACACGGUGAGGCAAGCAGAAGAGACGGAGCUGGACGCGACACAGGGGAACGCUGUCAGGAAAGCCGCCAGACGGGCAGCAAUCAACGCAGCCGCUGAGUACGGCCAACGGUGGAACGCGAUUGAUGGCUACUGGACGAAGAGCCUGCAGUCGCUCAUCGACUCGAUCCAAACGACAAACAACCCCAUCACUGCGGGCCAGAAAGAUCCCGACAAGAUCCAGGACGGGCUGAGAGCGUUCUCCACAUACCUCGAGUCCCUUCCACCUGGAUCGAAUAUCGGUGUUGACGUUCCGAGGAUCAAAGGCCGAUACCAGAUGGUUGAAGGCAGGCACCGCGAUUACAUGACGGUGUCCCUGAUUGGCCCCAUCGACGCCGUCUCGCGUAUCAAUCGCGUCCACGCUGCCAAAAGUCAAGGACGUGACGCAAUGAACGACUACACCGCGCGCACCGCAGUCAAGUGGUCUCAUGGUCUGAAACACCUCAGUCAGUGGCUCGAAGACAAUCCUGAGACCAAUCCCUUCGAGGACGAGGCGUAUGCACCCAUGCAGGCCCUAUGUCGCUCCUCACUGGACUACUACGCUGCGUCUUGGGCGAGCCUGCAAGCCAGGAAGCAGAGGCAUGCGGAUGAGGAGUUGCAGUCAUUCGCAGUGGGAUGA